CACCUCCCAAACCUCCACACUCGCUUUUUACGCAGCAGCUGAUCCGAGGCGCAGACAUGAGCACAGGCGCAUUUUAACUUUUCCCAGCCCGCCGUGUCCUGCCGCUCUGCAGCUCUCCUCUCCUGGCCCGGAUGAACAGACCCACUGGCAGCGGACGCAUGGACACGCAAAUCUAAUUUUCCUCCGGUUCUGCUUGCCCUGGGGAUCGUCGGUGGCCGUUGUUGCGUUGCUGUCCUCUUGGUUUUUAUGGUCUACUCAUGCGUCGGGAAUGCCAUGGCCACUCCGAGCGCACAGCAGCAGCAGGAUUACUUCAGAUCGGUGAGCAGCGAGUCCACCACCUACAUGAUGGUCCCGGCCGGCGGGCCGAGCGGGACGGCCCGCCGGGAAGCGCCCUCCAAGAUGUGGGUGGCCAUGGUGGUGAUAGUGGUGGUGGUGCUGCAGAUCGCCUCCACCACCGGGCUCUUUGUCUACCUGAACAUGUCCAUAUCACAGGUGCGCAGCCAGGGAGUGACGGAGGAGCUGAAGUGCCUGAGUUUACUGAACGCGCUGGAUAAAGACCAGGACAUCCCAGAGCAGCUCGCCCAGCUGUUUGGAGAGCCCUGCAUCAAGCUGGCCGAGGGCAUCAAGGCCUACAUCUCCAAGGUGACGGAGAACAUCAUCUCCAAACAAACCUUCAUAGAGGCCAGAACCAUGCCGCGCACUUUCAACGCCUCGGGGUCAAAGUUCAUGACCUCGGUGACCCAGAGGCCAUCGGCCCACCUGACCCUCCGGGACACCAGCUCUCCAGGGUUCCCUCAGUAUCCGAUCCCCACACCGGGUCUCCACCAAUCCUGUCGCCACGUGGUCCGCUCGUGGGCCAACCAGAGCUUUGGAGCUCACCUGCACAACAUGACCUUGUCCAACGGGAAGCUGCGAGUUCCCCAGGAUGGGCGGUACUACCUGUACUCGCAGGUGUAUUUCCGUUACCCGUCCCCGGCGGCCAGCGACGGUGACCAGCGCAGCGUCAGCCACCAGCUGGUCCAGUGUGUCUACAAGAAAACCUCCUACCCAAGUCCCAUACAGCUCCUGAAGGGCGUGGGCACCAAGUGCUGGGCCCCCGACGCCGAGUACGCCCUCCACUCCGUCUACCAGGGGGGCCUGUUCGAGCUGAGGGCCGGGGAUGAGCUCUUCGUCUCCGUCUCGUCCCCCACCAUGGUCAACGCCGACGACUCAUCCAGCUACUUUGGUGCCUUCCGCCUGGACCUCUGAGACAAAGAGACGGAUCAGUACAGGGAAGGAUGGAUGGAGGGAUGGAUGGAGGGAGGGGGUCUGGAGAAAACAAGGAAGAAUCCGAUGAAAAAGGUCCGUUUAACACAGCUGGGAGACAUUGGCUUGGAUCUUGGAAAUUGGACAUUGGAUCUCGGAUGGAUGGAUUGAAGAAUGGUGGGACGGGACAUUAGGUGGUUUUCCUUCCGUGAGGAAUUCUGGAAGAGGACGGGGUGAGGAAAGAACGGCAAGAGAAAGAGAUGAUGCCUUAACUAAAUCUGUAUGUUGACAGCGAGAUGUAUUGAGAUCCAGAUGCAAUCACACAAAAGCAAAUGUGCUUGUAGAUUUGUUUAAUUUUUGUACUUCUUCAUUGAUUCCUCCGGGCAGAAACUGGCUUUUGGAGGUCCAAGUGCCCCGAGACUUUCCUCACCCUAAAAAUUAGGCCUCCCUGUAUCUCACACGACCAUGAAUCUCGGUGUAUCUCGCAAGUCGGCAUCGGAAAGCAAUCGGACCCUUGGAUUCGGAUUUGGACCAAAGAAUGUAUAGACAAUAAAAACUCAAACUUGUACAUCGUAGAUGUAAGGAAGGACCGUGGAAUGGUAGCAAGUGAAAAUCUAAAGAUCAAACCAAAGCAAAAAAUGUGGAAUAUACCUUUUUUUUUUAAGUGUGCCAUGAGAGAACUGUACAUAUGAACGGCUGAAAAUGAAAUUCAAGCAAUGAACUGUGGUGAUUUUAAACAGUAAUAAAUGUGUAUAUUACCCGGACUGGACGUAAAACCACUUGGAGGAUAUUCCUGAGGACUUUGUAGAUCUGUGGAUUUAUGCAAAGACAUUUUGGAGGAGGAUAAGGACUGCCUCUCUGUGUUGGAUACUGUAUCUAGACUGUGGAAAUAAAUGCAUAGAGACAAAGUGUUUGAAUAAAGGAGUCUGCAAAGGAAAGGAGGAGUGGAAAAUGGAGGAGAAAGACGGGGGGGAUCUUGUAAAUGUCUU